AUUGUAGAUAUGGGCAGCUUUCUGCCAUGUGACCCCACUACUGGGCUUAAAAGCUUAUGGCCAACAGAGAAGGGCACAGUAUACAACUCCACAUUGAGUCACGUCUGAGGUGAACAUCGCACCAUCUGGGUGCUGCAUUAAUAAAAAAAACAAAACAUGUCAGACACCGAAGAUGCCUAUGAGGAACAACCAGAUGGAGGAGAGGAAAAUGACGAAGAUGACGCGAAGCCCAAAAUAAAGCCUGGUUUCGUCCCUGGCCUGGCAGCUCCAAAGAUCCCAGAGGGAGAAAGAGUGGACUUCGAUGACAUUCAUCGAAAACGAAUGGAGAAGGAUAUGAACGAGCUCCACACUCUGAUUGAAGCUCACUUCGAGAAGCGCAAGAAGGAGGAAGAAGAGCUCCUGAGCCUCACAGAUCGCAUUGAGAAACGCAGAUCGGAGAGAGCGGAGCAGACGAAGAUCCGAGCGGAGAGAGAAAGAGAACGGCAGAAUAGACUCGCUGAAGAGAAAGCGAGGAAAGAAGAGGAAGAGGCCAAGAAGAAAGCAGAUGAUGAUGCGAGGAAGAAGAUGAUUCUGUCCAACUUGAGCUUCACUGGAUACAAACAAACACAACCUGGAGCAAAGAAACAAACUGAGAGAGAAAAGAAGAGGAAGAUCCUGAACGAUCGACGCAAGGAGCUGAACGUUGAUCACCUAAGAGAGGACAAGCUCAAGGACAAAGCGAAGGAGCUGUGGGAGCUGUUGCGUCAGCUGGAAGCAGAGAAGUUUGACCUUCAGUGUCAGAAUAGCAAGCAGAAAUAUGAGGUCACCGUGCUAAGGAACCGGGUCAGUGAUCAUCAGAAAAUCUCAAAGGGCGGCAGGAGCAAACGUGGUCUGAGGAAGUAACAUUGAACAUGAACAAGAGGAAAAGAGGCAACGUGGCUUCAUCUGACAUCAAUGAAUUCCAAUGAUAUGUAUAAAAUGUAAUACUUGAACAUGCAAUAAAAAGUUACAGUUCUGAAAAUAUUAUACGAUGCUCUUAAGUAAAUUGCCUAUGAGACGGUGUCCCUCUGCAGGAAGUAGAUUUCUGAUUGCAGACUGAUCAAACAAUGUGGUGCAACUCACUUUAAGGUUUGUGUGCAAUGUUUUGUUUUUUUUAGCAUCUUUAAGGAGAAGAUUUUCAAAUGAAUCCAUAAUUGCUGAAUGUAUCACUUGAAAUACUCAAAGUGAAGUAGAAGUAGUGGUGUGUCGGACUCUGAGAUCACAAAGAAUAAAAAAAACACUUCAUUUAACAAACCA